AUGGGGAAAAAAUCUGGUAAAUUCCGCUCACAAAAUACUCUCAAAAGCAUUCGGAAUCCUAGGAAUAGGGUUAAAUUUGAACUUCCUAUUAAUGAUGCUAGGAAAAGACGUGAAGCUAGACUUGAAGAUAGGAAUAAAAUUAAAACUGAACAUCCUAUUCUUGAAGAUAGGAGCGGAUACGACUAUUGGAAGUUUAAUAAAAAAACCAAGUAUAGUAUACAUAAAACAAUAGAUGAAGACAGUAAAAGAAUUAUAAGAGAUUAUAUGGAUGAGUGGAAAAAACAGGGAAGAGCUAUUAAAAAUCCUUUUGUACAAUUGGCCAAAAAAUUAAAUAAUCGUUAUAUAGCAAAAUCCAUUUGUCAUUAUUAUUGGAACAUACUUGAUCCGCGCCUUGAUCGUUCACUUUUUUCUCCAGAAGAGAAAGAUUAUAUCUAUAAGUGGGCUAGUGUUCAAGAAGCUAAAGAAGCAAAUAAUUAUAUGAUUCCGUGGAGAGAUUUGCAACCUAUGAUGGAAGCGGAAUUUGGCAAAUUCCGCGCGAGAAACUGUCUCAAAAACAUUUGGAACUCUAACAAAAGGCGUAAUAGUCGAUUGGUUAAAGUUAGAAGACAUGAAGUUAAUGUAAUAGAAGAUGAAAAAGAAAAACAUAGAAUUAGGUAUCUCUUGAAUGAUAAAAACGACGAUUAUUAA